AUGCCUCCUCGAACCGACUACGUCGAAGGUACUACGCUCUGGAUCCGCCGCGGACCACACCGCAAUCAGGUGGCAACCUACUGCGAGUCCAAGAGCUGCAAGAUGUGCCUGGUGGAACUGUUGAAUGGCACCAGGGUUUAUGUCACCUAUGGUGGCAUUGAAGCCAUCCACGAAGGGCCACCCACUGAAGCCGAUGUUCGUGGUCCUGGCUACUCGAUGGAUGACAUUGUGAGAUUGGGUGGAUGGCGCUUCCAGAACAAUGCUAUCCACUACAGCCUUCCUGACCCUAUUUACCUCAGCAACAUGGCGCAGGGUUUGGUCAAGUCUGUUGGGCUUCUCACUCGCGAGCUGGAAGAGACCAACAAAGAAUGCCGCUGGCUCCGUUCCAUGGUAGAGAGCAACCAGAAUCGCAUCCAGGAUGUGGAAAACGUCCUACACAAUGAUGAAGAUGUCCCUACUGGUUUCUAG